AAUCAUGAACUCAGUUUUGCUCUCGGUAGCCGUAUUGGCUCUGGUAGGAUGGAAUUCUGCCCAGAUACCGUUUCCACGUGGAACUUGUAGCGCGGCAAAGCCCGGUAUCCCGGCAGACAUUGCGGUUCAACGAGAAGCCGCUCUUCAAAAUGGGAACGAGUUCAGAAGAAGACACGGCGCCAAGCCACUCACUGUGGAUUCAACUCUAGAAGCAGAAGCCCAAAAAUAUGCAGAACUUUUGGCCUCAAGGCGAACAUUCGUACGUGGUCCCCAACCUGGACAGAAUUUGAUUGGAAUUCCGUGCGAUAAUGGAAGCAAACUGUACCCAUCGGAUCCCUCCAUUCCAAGCGCGAAUGUUCAUUGGUAUGGAGAUUUUCCACCCUACUGUCAUAAUCCCGCCACUGCGUACGUCCCAGUGGGCGCUCCGCUCGGCAAUUUUGCCACAAUGGUUUGGAAGGCAAGCGAGAAGGUUGGAUACGGCGCGGCCGUCGCGAGUAAUGGAUUAAUUAUCAUUGUCGCCAGGUAUUUUCCAGAAGCCACUGCAGAUCCCGCCGCCGUGCAGAAGAACGUUCAGUGUGAAAGGAUCCCAUAAUUUACAUAUUUACUUAUUGAACAUUCAAGAAAGUAAUGGAAUAACGGAAAUUGAAAUAUUUUGUGGAGCAUGUUUAAGUAUUAUUAUGUAAAUGCAUUGUCCAACGAUCUAUGAAUAAAUCUUCUUGCAA